AUGGCUUGGUGUGCAUCUCCUGCUAUUCUGCUGCUCACAGCUCUUGGCGUCCAUGCCCGCAAUAAUGGUGUCGGUAAAUUACCGGUCAUGGGCUACGAUACGUACAAUGCCUUCAACUGCGACUAUGACGGCCGAGUCGCUACCGCGCAGGCCAAGGUCAUGAAUGAGACUGGUCUUGUCGCCCUUGGAUACAACACGUUCAUUCUUGAUGACUGCUAUACUCUGAUCAAUCGGAGUGCUUCCGGCGAGCUCCAGCAAAACUUGACACGAUUUCCCGGUGGCAUGAGGAAGUGGACGGAGAGCAUCAACCAGUACGGUGUUAGUGGUAGUGCGUACAGUUCGAAUGGUUACAUGACAUGCGCAGGCUAUCCUGGAGCUUACGGCCAUGAGGAGCAGGACCUUGAGACUUGGAGGAGCUGGGGCUGGAAUCACAUGGUCAAGUAUGACAACUGCUAUAUUCCGUACGACAAUAUCACAAUGGAUAACGAGUACGGUCGCUAUAAGCGUAUGGCGGAAGCCAUCGACAAUCUUGCCGCUAGGUAUCGUGAGAAGCCGUUCAUCUAUUCCUUGUGCCAAUGGGGUUGGGAGAAUCCGUACAACUGGGCGCCACGUAUAUCCCAGGCGUGGCGCAUCGAUGGGGAUAUUAAACCCUUCUGGUCAAGUAUCAAGACCGUUAUUAAUUUGCAGGUGGCCAGCUAUUUGUCUACAGGCUUCUACCAGCACGGUGAUAUGGAUAUGCUUGAGGUCGGCAACAGCGGUCAAGGAUCGCCCGUUGGGGACUUGACGAUAGCAGAGCAGAGGUCGCACUUCACAGCCUGGGCCCUUCUAAAGAGUCACUUGCUGAUUGGUACCGAUCUCCGAAAUGCGACGAAUGAUACGAUUGCCAUUCUAAGCAAUAAAGAACUCAUUGACAUCAACCAGGACCCCAACGAGGGUGCCCCGCUUGCACCUUUCCGGAUCGGCAUUCAAGCCGACUACAGUACGAUUUCUUACAACGAGACGAAACCUCCGCCGUACUGGGGGGGCAAUAGCAGCUAUGGCGCUGUUUUCAUGAUCAUCAACUACGAGAACACAGAACAGAAGUUGGGGUUCAACUUGACCGAAAAUUGGGCAAUCCGUGCUGGCCGCCAGUACCAGGUGCGUGACAUGUGGGCGCAUAAGAACUGCGGCAUUGCAAUGCGCAACUGGACUCUGACGGUUGGUCCGCACGAUGUCGCGGCUUUACUUUUGACGGAUGCUGGACCGGAGCCGUCACAGGAGCUAGCGGACGGCGAGAUUGCACCGCCCUGCGCGCACCCAUUCUUGGUACACCAAUGUACGGCACCGAACGGAAGCUUUAUUUACAACGGCUCCAAAGUGGAAUAUGGCUUCUAA